UAACUGUAUGACUCAAAUAUCUUAAGGCCUAGAUAUCCUCACCAUGCUCGUGGCAUGAAUUAAGGAGAAAAACUCCGCUGGAAAAGUCAAAACCUUGAUACAAUCAAUUUCAAAUUGUUUCUCUCUAAGUGCACAAUAUAAGUAAGCAAAGCUUUGUCCAUUAACACACAAAUGCCUUUUCUUCCUUAGCAUUUCCAAAUCCAAUCCUCUUCAUUUGUUUCUUUUCAUGGUGAAAAUGGAAGUAAAGUUCAUAUCUACAUUUUUCAUUACUUUGCUAUUUGCUGUUUCAGCAUUUGCUAAUGUUCAUCUCAGGUCACCAGAAGUUUACUUUCAAAAUGGGAACUUUGAAGAGAAGCCAAACCCAAGAUUCAUAAAGGAAACAAGACUCAUUGGAAAACAUUCACUUCCCAAAUGGGAAAUCAAUGGUCUAGUAGAAUAUAUCUCUGGAGGACCACAACCUGGAGGCAUGUUCUUCCCAGUGUCACAUGGAGUUCAUGCAGUUAGACUUGGAAAUGAUGCCUCCAUCUCCCAAACCAUCAAGGUCAAACCUGGUCAAUGGUAUGCUCUAAUAUUAGGAGCAUCUAGGACUUGUGCUCAAGAUGAAGUAUUGAGAAUCUCAGUACCUCCACAAUCUGGUGAAGUUCCUUUGCAAACACUUUAUAGCCUCAAUGGUGAUGUUAUUGCUUGGGGAUUCAAGGCUAGUUCUUCUCUUGCAAAAGUUACAUUUCAUAACCCUGGUGUUCAAGAAGAUCCUACUUGUGGUCCACUUUUGGAUGCUGUUGCUAUUAGAGAGUUCUACCCUCCGAUGCCGACAAGAGAUAAUUUGGUAAGAAACCCUGGCUUUGAAGAAGGUCCAUUCCCUAUUUUCAACACAACAAAUGGUGUUCUACUUCCUCCAAAGCAACAAGAUCUUGUGUCACCACUCCCUGGCUGGAUUAUUGAAUCCCUCAAAGCCAUUAAAUUCAUUGAUUCAAAGAAUUUCCAAGUACCAUUUGGAAAUGGAGCAGUGGAGCUUGUUGCAGGUAGGGAAAGUGCUAUUGCACAAAUUCUAAGAACAGUUCCAAACAAAGUCUACAAUUUGAAAUUCACAAUUGGAGAUGGAAGAAAUGGUUGUCAUGGAUCAAUGAUGGUUGAAGCAUUUGCUGCAAAAGAGACUCUUAAAGUUCCUUUCAAAUCUUUAGGAAAGGGAACAUUCAAAACAGCAAGUUUCAACUUCAAAGCAGAUUCAGACACAACUAGAAUCACAUUCUACAGCUCUUUCUAUCAUACAAGGAUUGAUGAUAUUGGAUCUAUGUGUGGCCCUGUCCUUGAUCAAAUUAUAGUAUCACCUGUUGCUUAGACUCUCCUUCUGCCAUACUUUGCAAUUUGUAUUUUUGCUUUAUAUAACUUGUUUGAAGAUUCCUUUCAUAUCCGGUGUUCGUCUAAACUCUGAUUUCUAUAAGAAAACGUCACAACUUAUAAGAGCUUUUUACUGUUAUUUAAAAUGUU